AUGUUGGCGAAAUUCCCCAAGUCUACGCAGAACGACGAAGGUGGCAACGAAAAGUCUUCAGUAAAUCAGCUUAGACUCAGACGAAAACGCUCCUCAUUGGAUGUCCACGGAGUUGGUGGAGCAAGGACCUCGCAGACUAAUGGAGUGGUCAAUAUUACCCUCCAUUCCAACUACAGACCACUUUCAGUCACCGUUCAAGCACACGUGCUCACAAAGGUGACUACUUGCUUGCCAUCGGAACCACCAUCUCAGUCAACGCUACCAUCGCAUUUGGAGGAAUUGAAUCUCGCAGAUCCUCAAUUUCUCGUAUCCAGACCGGUGGACAUCAUUCUCGGAGCCGACGCAUACGGGCAAGUCAUCAAGCCAAACAUUAUUCGCAACAUUUCAACACCGUUGAUCGCUGAACUUUCGAUCUUCGAUUGGUUCGUAAUCGGGCUCCUCGAGGGCACUCAGACUGAUCGCCCGUUGAGUGAGUUACUCAGCCGCUUCUGGACGCAGGAAGAGCCACCGCAGAACACGGCACCCUUGCUCACCCCAGACAAGCAAGAGUGCGAAGAUCAUUUCAAGACCACGCAUUCAAGAGACUCCGCAGGAAGAUACAUCGUGCGAUUGCCGCUCAAACUUCAUCCUCGAGCACUUGGCAAUUCGUAUCAGACCGCGCACAAUUGCCUUCAACGGACUCUCAGACGACUCAGUAAGGGCGCCCAGUACAAUCAGCUGUACACCAAGUUCAUGCUCGAGUAUGAGCAACUUGGUCAUAUGGUAAGACUGAACAACGACUCAAUAACUAGUACGUUUCAGUACUUUCUUCUGCAUCAUGGCGUUAUGAAGUUGGGCAGCACGAUCACCGCAUUGCGUGUGGUGUUCAACGGCUCCAAUCUAACUUCUUCAGGAUACUCGCUGAACGAUCUUCUACACACUGGUCCAAAUCUGAUGCUGAACAUCACAGAUCUGCUCAUUUGGAUACGCAGAUACAAACAUCUGUUUGCAUCUGAAGUCACGAAGAUGUACCGACAAAUCAAGGUGCAUCCAGAUGACUGGAGCUUGCAGCAGAUACUCUGGCUUGAUGACACGCAGAAGGAAACGCAGUACCAGCUGACCACGGUCACUUACGGGACGAAAGCUGCACCAGGUGGGAAUGCAUUACGCAGACCCGCGCAGCAUGUUGCGGAAGUACUGUGGGACUCUCCCUCCAGCAAUUAUACCGAAGGGCCUACCCACUAA